AAUGCCAUCCAGCCCUUGUCGUCAUAGAUCAGUAAUUAGGGCUGUGGCUGCUGUCACGCUUCUCGUCAUUUUUGUUAGCAAUGCUUAGGCUGAAAUGAGAGGGCGAGAAUCUGCAGGCGUGACUUUGUCUCUGCUUGUACCCAGCUGCCUUCAUUUUGUAUCUUUUACCUCACCUCUUCAAGCAAUGCAUAGCCGACCCCGCGCGAUUUCGCCUUUCUGUUCGGGACAGAGCGGGAGCUUUAGAUGUGUAUAUUGCAGUGCAGAAUACACCGACUUCCAGCUAUAUGUCGAGCAUGUUGGGGCGGCACACACAGUCCUCGAAUAGUCUGCUUUGUUACCCGCACUAUUGUGUAGUGCGCACAGCACCAAGACAAAACUACUGAGGUAUUCGAGCAAUAUCACAUUUCAAGCGCGCAUAUUGAUAAGCUGGACAAUAUCGCCCAAGGGA